AUGGACUUCAUCAAGCCUCUGGGAGGACAGAACCAGACCAGUGUCACAGAGUUUGUUCUCUUGGGAUUCUCUGUUGACCCAAAGAAACAAUCGCUCCUCUUUGCUUUCGGCUUAUCAGUCUAUCUAUUAACUUUGGCAGGGAAUCUAGCAAUCAUUAUAUUGAUUCAAAUAGAUCAGUGCCUACAAACUCCCAUGUACUUCCUCCUGGGCAAUCUGUCUUUUAUUGAGAUCUGCUAUACUUCUACUACUGCCCCAAAGAUGUUGUGGGAUCUUACUCUGGGAGACAAGACCAUCUCUUUUGUAGGAUGUGCACUCCAAUUAUAUUUCUUUGUUACAUUAGGGAGCAUAGAGUGUGUGCUUCUCAUAGCUAUGGCAUAUGACCGGUAUGCAGCUAUCUGCCACCCAUUGCACUACACCCUUCUCAUGAGCCAGAAAAUAUGUUGGGGACUCCUGGCAUGUUCCUGGGCUAUUGGAAACUUCAAUUCCAUGGUCAACACAGCUUUGGUCUUUUCCCUUGACUUCUGCUACUCCAAUGAAAUUGACCACUUCUUCUGUGACAUUCCUCCCCUCCUGAAACUCUCUUGCUCUGAUACCUCGGUUAGCCAGAUGGUGACCUUUAACCUUUCUGGAGGUAUCAUGAUUGUGGCUUUUGGCCUGAUUCUUCUCUCCUAUAUCUUCAUUGUCUCUUCAGUGCUGAAAAUGCGUACAGCUCAAGGUAGGAGCAAGGCGUUUUCCAUCUGUGUUUCCCAUCUCACUGUGGUGAGCAUCUUCUAUGGCACCCUCAUGUAUACCUACAUAUGCCCUUCCUCCAGUCAUUCCAUGGAGCAAGACCGCCUGGUUGCUGUACUCUAUACCAUCAUUACUCCAAUGCUCAAUCCCCUGAUCUACAGUUUGAGGAAUAAGGAAGUGCAUGGAGCAGUUCAGCGAGCUCUUAGUAAGUACAGGGGGUAG